UUAUAGGCCGACAUUUUCUGACAAGCGUAGAAAAAGUUUUCAUCAACAGCCGCCAUUUUGCGCUGGAGAGACUGAGAAGUAUUUCGGAAUUUGUCGUGUAAAUUUUCUGUUUUUUCUUACAUCAUUUAAUCAUAAACUGUACCAUUCCGUAUAUUUUAAAGUGUUAAGUGAAAUCGUGUAGUUCGCUCGGUAAAAUAAGUUCCAUAAAGUAGUUAAAAUCUGGUGAUAUUGUUUUCAUUUAUUGUGCUAGUUCCGUCGGAAGAUGGUGAGAGGGUCUGUGUAGCUCUUCGAUUCGGAGCUUUGUAAUGGCGAAUACUUGAGUGAGAAAUUUUAAUAUGUGCCUUCAAUGGUUCGAAGGACAUCGAACGAUCGGGAUGUGGGUGAAUUACGUUGUGAUGGAUGACAAAUCGCUCUAAAAUGUUAUUUCUUAAAGAUAUAAGACAUAUAAGUGUUAUUUGAAUCGGCGGGCCGAAAUAUUCACGACGGCUUACGUUUAGUAAACAGAGCCAUGGCCGAUCAUCAUGUGGAUGAGCCGCCUAACAAGCGGGCUAAAAUGAUCCGGGACCCUUUCCAGGGUCCGUCGGACACCGCAGAUGGGUUCUCAAACCUUGACAUGUUUGAUCUCGAGAAGGACCUCCCUGAUGAGUUGAUGGGAGGCUCUUGGGGUGAACAACCCGGUGUCACGGGGCCAAAGCCCCCAGCUCAGGGCCCUGGUCCGGGGCAAAUGGUGCAGCAGCUCAAUGGAGAUGAUCCAACAGCUGCUAUGCAAAGACAAAUUAAUAAUCAUCUUAUACAACAAGUUUUUUCACAGGGCAACAAAGGUGGAUUAGUAGGCCACAACAACCCCUUGGGGUUGAGUAGUUUGGGGAGUAAGAGUCCUAAUUUACAGUCACCGCCCAAUGUGUCUGUCUCCAAAGAUCUCAUGGGUGGUAUGCACCAGCAACUUAUACCAAAUACAAGUCAUCCAAAUCAACUGCACUCUUCUAUGCCUAUUCAAGGUGGGAUGAAUGUAGCCAAUGUGGGUGGAAAUAUGGUGGUUACGAACAGCAACAUGACGGGUUCCAACAUGCUGGGAGGUGGCAUCAUCAACAAUGUCAACAAACAGCUGCCGACACUCAUGGGGAACAACCAUCACCAGCCACAGUCACACCAUCCCCAUGCACAGGUCGGCGGCUUUCAGGCUAUGCAGAACGGUCCCCUGAGUGGGAGAGUGGGCGUCGGAGGGGUCGGCGUUGGAAUGCAGGCGCCCAACAUGCGCUCAGGGUUAGCACAUGGCGCUCACGCAGCGCACGGCGCCCACGGUGGGCACGCGGCGCACGGAGCUCACGCCGCCCAUAACGCACACACGCGAAUGGGUGCACCGGCGGGUGGCGGACAUCCACUCGCACCUUACCAUCCCGCUUACGGUCAGUCGGCAGCGGGCGGUGCGGCGCAGAGGGCAGCCGGCGUGCGCUUCGGCCCUCCGCCCGAGGCGGGUGGGGGCGCCGCGCAGGCUGUGCCCCCCGCACCCUCUCCGCAGACGCCCGGCGCUCCAGCCGGUGGACAGUCGCAGCCCCAAGCGGCGACUCAGUCCACGACGCCGGCGCAGUCCAACACGGGCUCCAUAGCGGACCCCGAGAAGCGCAAGCUGAUCCAGCAGCAACUGGUGCUGUUACUUCACGCGCAUAAAUGUCAGCGACGAGAAUCACAGUCCAACGGCGAGACCUGGCAGUGCACCCUGCCGCACUGUAAGACCAUGAAGGGCGUCCUCAAUCAUAUGAUGUCGUGUCAGGCUGGCAAGAAUUGCGGAGUCCCUCAUUGUUCAUCUUCACGACAAAUUAUUAAUCAUUGGAAACAUUGUAACAAGAAUGACUGUCCGGUCUGUUUACCUCUCAAACAAGCAGACCGCACUAGAACCAAUACUAUGAAUGGAGGCGCAUCUGCCCCAUCGGUACCAACGAGUAAUUCGGUGGGAGUGGGUGCGGUGGGGUCCGUUGGCGGUGUGGGCGGUGUGGGCAGUGUGGGCGGCACGGGCGCAGACAUGAAGCGUGCGUACGAGGCACUCGGCAUCGCCUGUCCCACAUCUGUGGCGGGGAUGGUGGGAGGCUUCCCCCGCACGCCGCUGUCCCGGCUUCCCGCUCCCCGCCCUCCCGCCCUCACUGACGUGCUGCCGCAGCAGACCAUGCAGCAAUUGUUCCCGCACCAGCAGCAACCUGACAUGCAGCAGCAGCAGUCUCAGCAGCACAGCAAUUGGUUAUUACAAACAUUUUGAUAAUAUGAGGUUAUACUUGUUUAUCAGAUGAGUACUGGAACACUCCAAUUACGCGGUACUGUCACGGCCAACCCUCAUACCGGCACGAAAGAAUGGCACCAGUCUAUAACACCUGAUCUCAGAAACCACCUCGUUCAUAAACUGGUUCAAGCUAUCUUUCCGACACCCGACCCGACAGCCAUGGCAGACAAACGGAUGCAUAACCUCGUGGCGUACGCGAGGAAAGUAGAAGGUGACAUGUACGAAAUGGCGAGCACUCGGUCCGAGUACUAUCACUUACUGGCCGAGAAGAUAUACAAAAUACAGAAAGAGCUCGAGGAGAAGAGACAAAAGAGAAAAGAACAGCAGCUGCAAGCUCAACAGGCGCAGCAGCAACAGAAUCAGCUGCAGCAGCAGCCCGGGGUUCUGCCAGGUGGAGUGAUGGGUGUGCGGGCGAGCGUGCCCGGCGUGGGCGUGGGCCGGCCGAAUUUACCCACUCAGGGUUUGCCCGCCAUGCGGAUUCCCUCGCCCAGCAUGCCUUUAUCCAUGCCCGUCAAUCGGAUGAACUAUCAGUCCAAUCUAGUGGGCCCCCCCGGUCCCAGUCCGAAUCAGAUGCCUCAAACUCCGAACGGCGGCAGCGUCGGCGGAGUCGGCAGCGUCGGGAACCCUGGAAUGUCACCCUUCGGACAACCGAUGACGUCACCGGCGCCGCAGUAUUCGGUGCACAGCAACGGGCCGGCUGCGCUACCGUCCCCCGGGCCCGCUGCCGAAACCAAGCGAGCCGGGCCCGUCGCCAGCCCCUUCAUGAGUCACUCAAGUGCCUUCCGCGGAGACACGGGCGGCGCGUCUCCCGCCGCGACCCCGGCCACGCCGCUCGCGCACGCCAGCCCCGUCCCCGACACGCGGCCCGCCCUCCGCCGCCGCGCCCGCCUCCGCUCAGAUGGCGGCGCUGCAGUCCGCCCUCAACGACGACAGUCCGCCGGAAGUGAAGCGGAAGUGGACGACGUGCGCAUCAAGGAGGAGCCAGAGGACGACUGUGGCGGCAAGGGCAUGAGAGACGACGCCGGGAGACGGGACGAGCGGCCCGACAGACCCGAAAGGCCAGACCCCUUCGUGAAGCAGGAGGUGAAGCGGGAGGUGAAAGAGGAGCCUCCCGUACGCCCGCGCCGCCCGACGGAGAGCGCGGUCAAGAAGACCUUCGCCUUCAAACUGGAGGAGCUGAGGCAGGCGCUAAUGCCCACGCUGGAGAAGCUGUUUCGCCUCGAUCCCGAGUCGCUACCCUUCCGCCAGCCGGUGGACGCGCAAGCGCUCGGCAUCCCCGACUACUUCGAGAUCGUGACGCGCCCCAUAGACCUGUCCACCAUCAAGAUGAAGCUGGACCGCGGCGAGUACAAGGACCCCUGGGAGUACGUGGACGACGUCUGGCUCAUGUUCGAGAACGCCUGGCUCUACAACAGAAAGAACUCGCGCGUCUCGUAUUGUACUAAGCUGUCGGAGGUGUUCGAAGUGGAGAUAGACCCAGUGAUGCAGACUGGUUAUUGUUGCGGAAGAAAAUACACGUUCAAUCCUCAAGUUCUAUGCUGUUACGGCAAGCUGUGUACUAUACCUCGCGAUGCUAAAUAUUUCAGCUAUCAGAACAGUCUAAAAGCGUAUGGGGUUGUGUCCGAUAGAUACACAUUCUGCACCAAGUGCUUCCACGACAUCCAGGGCGACACCGUCACGCUCGGCGACGACCCGCUGCAGCCGCAGACAGCGAUAAAAAAGGACCAGUUCAAGGAGAUGAAGAACGACCACUUGGAACAAGAACCCUUCGUCAUAUGUAUGGACUGUGGCAGGAAGCAGCAUCAAAUAUGUGUGUUGCAUCAUGACCAGAUAUGGCCUCAAGGCUUCUGCUGUGAUAACUGUCUGAAAAAGAAGGCUGCCAAGCGGAAAGAGAACAAAUUUAGUGCUAAGAAACUGCCAACUUCCAAGCUUGGUAUCUAUAUUGAGACGCGAGUUAAUAAUUUCCUUAAGAAAAAAGAGGCUGGUGCUGGUGAAGUGCAUAUCAGGGUUGUCGCAUCGUCUGAUAAGAUGGUGGAGGUGAAGCCAGGAAUGAGGUCUAGGUUCGUCGAGUCGGGCGAACUGUGCGCUGAAUUCCCGUAUCGGGCUAAAGCGCUGUUCGCGUUCGAAGAAGUUGAUGGUACUGAUAUAUGCUUCUUUGGAAUGCACGUACAGGAGUAUGGGAGUGAAAGUCCGUCGCCGAAUACGAGGAGGGUUUAUAUAGCAUAUCUAGAUUCUGUACAUUUUUUCCAACCGAGGCAAUAUAGGACUGCCGUGUAUCAUGAAAUUUUAUUAGGUUAUUUGGAUUACGCUAAGCAAUUGGGCUAUACGAUGGCCCACAUUUGGGCGUGUCCGCCCUCCGAGGGCGACGACUAUUUUCACUGCCAUCCGCCCGAACAAAAGAUACCUAAGCCUAAGAGGUUACAGGAGUGGUAUAAGAAAAUGUUAGACAAGGGUAUUAUAGAGAGAAUAAUAUUUUAUAAAGAUAUUCUUAACAGCGAUGGAGGACAUAUCUCGUCUGCAGCCGAAUUACCUUAUUUGGGAGAUUUUUGGCCGAAUGUUUUAGAAGAAUCUAUCAAAGAGUUGGACCAAGAGGAAGAGGAGAAGAAACAGGCUGAAGCCGCCGAGGCAGUGGUCAUGAUGUAUAUUCCGUCAUCUGAGGAGAAUGAACAAGGCCCCGACGGUAAAAAGAAGGGUCAGAAGACGAAGAAGUCGAACAAGUCCAAGGCGGCCCAAAGAAAGAACAAAAAGCAGAGUGACCAACAGCAGGGGAGCGAUCUCAGUGCAAAGAUAUUUGCCACCAUGGAGAAGCACAAGGAAGUGUUCUUCGUUAUUAGGUUACAUUCCGCACAGUCCGCCGCUAGUUUAGCUCCUAUCGGAGACCCGGACCCUCUAAUAAACUGCGACCUCAUGGACGGACGAGACGCCUUCCUGACGAUGGCUCGUGACCGUCACUAUGAGUUCUCGUCCACGCGCCGCGCUCGCUUCUCUACUCUGUGCAUGUUAUACGAACUACACAACCAGGGCACCGACAAGUUCGUGUACACCUGCAACAGCUGCAAAUCGCACGUCGAGACACGCUACCACUGCACCGUGUGCGACGAUUUCGACCUGUGCGUUCCCUGCUACGACAAGGAGGGCCAUCCGCACAAGAUGGAGAAGCUCGGCCUCGACCUGGACGUGGGCUCCUCGCCCGGAGAUCUCAAGCAGGCGAACCCAGAGGCUCGCAAACUGUCCAUCCACGUUGCAUCCCAGUCGCUGGUACACGCCUGCCAGUGCCGCGACGCCAACUGCCGCCUGCCGUCGUGCCAGAAUAAGCGUGUCGUGCAGCACCCGAAGAUCUGCAAGCGCAAGACGAAGGGCGACUGCCCGAUAUGCAAGCAGCUCAUCGCUUUGUGCUGUUACCCCAAACACUGCACGGAGACCAAGUGCUCGGUUCCGUUCUGCAGCAGCAUAAAGCAGAAGUUGAAGCAACAGCAAGUACAGCAGCGCGUUCAGCAGCAACAGUUGCUGAGAAGGCGAGUGGCCGCCAUGAACACUCGGGGAUGUCGGCCGGAGCACAGUCCGCCUCCGCACGCGCUCGGGUCUCCGCCACCCGCCAAGCCCGCCGCACACGCGUUGCCGCACAACGUGCAGAAGGCAUUGCAGCAGGUUCAGGAGGAAGCAGCGAGACAACAAGCUCCGUCAUACGGAAAACAAGCCGCGAUGGGUCCGCCCGGCGGCGUGGGCGGUGUGGGCGGCGUGGGUGGAGUGGUCGGUGUCGGCGGCGCUGCGGUCCGGGGCGCGGAGUGGAGCGCGCGGUACAGGGCGCCGCCGCCCUUACAUCAUGCGGCACAUCAGCAUCACAGACUGCCACACCACGCGCCGCAUCCGCAGCACGGACACCAUCCGCAACAUCCGCAGCAUCCGCAACACGCGCAACAUCCGCAGCACGCGCCGCCCAACAUACAGGUGACAGCGAGCGGGCGCGCCGCAGCGAACGCCCAGCCUCAGAUGCAUCAGAAGGCUCUGGCUCAGCUGAUGGCCACGCUCAGGUCGCCCACCACACACACACAGCAGGAGAUACUUCAGAUACUCAAGUACCCUCCCCUCAUGGCGGCCUUCAUCAAGCAGCGGGCGCAGAACGCCCAAAACCAACAGCAAGCCGGCACCGGUGUCGUCGGCCCCGUUGGAAAUGUAGGUGUCGGCAACGUCGGGGUCGGCGGAGCGGGAAACGUAAACGUGCCACUAGGCGGCGUCGUGUCGCAGCAGCCGCAGCAGAUGCAGCACAUGAUGCAGCCGCAGCAACAGCAGAGGUUGCAGCAGCACCAGAUGCUCCCCCAACGACACAGGUUCGUCGGCGGCGUCUCCGGUGUGAGUGGGGUCGGAGGUGUCGGCGGCGUGUCGGGUGUGGGCAUCGGUGGGGUCGGCGGUGUUGGGGGCAUCGCGGGCGGCACACCCGUGUUCAAGCAGGGGGGGGGCGGCGGGGCGGUGGGUGGCGUGGGCACCGUGGGCGGCGGCAUGAUGGGCAUGCGAGGCGCCUACGCCGGCGGCGGUGGCGCGCCGCGGCUGAGCGGGCGCUAUUCCGGCGGCGGCGUGGGCGCGGUGGGCGGCGUGCUGCAGCGCUCGCCGCCCGCGACGCCAUCCCCGCGGCCGCCCACACCGUCGGAGCUGCUGCUGCUGCGGCAGUCGCCGGCUCCCCCUGCGCCGCUGGGCGUGCUAGACGAGCAGCUGCCUCCCAUGACUCCUCAGGACCAACUCACCAAGUUCGUGGAGCAGUUGUAGUGUACAUAGGCCCGCGCGCGGUCGCCCUGUACCAUAUAAUGUAUCGCGGCCGCCGCCCGCCGCUCGACUCUCGACUCCCUUCCCCGCACUAUUUAUUGUCGACGAUUUCGUUAGCGACGCGAAGGACGUAUUAGUAUUAUGAUGAACGAAUCGAGCGCUCAAUGUACAAAAUGUAAAUAUGAGAAGAGUACAUCCUGUCCGCUUUUGCGUAAUGUAAGUUGUUCGUAGCGUAGGUACAUAUGAUACUUAUUCUGUUUAUUGUAAUUAAAUCAUUUUAUAAUAUAAUUAUGUGAUGAUUAUAAA